GUGAACAUGAAAGCCACAUCAGAUUUUUGGCCAAAACUUGGUUCUCAGACUUUUCUUCGUUCUUGGACCAAUUUAUGUCCGUCAAGCAAACUCACUGGCUUUCCCCUGAUGUCAUUUACCGGUAGGCCAUUAAAGCAUAUUCGUUUAAAGGCUACUAAGACUCUGACGUAUUAUGAUCAAGAACGUAUUCGCAAGUUCAAGAAAUUGCCAACUUCUGAAUGGACUCAUUAUUUCCACUCGAUUCCCAUCGAUGUCUCGGAAAUGGAUGCCCUUAAAGAAGAGAUCGAUGCACUAAAGCCACGAGUAAAGGACAGACUCAUGUCUUCCCACUCGACAAAGAAGAGAAUACUUUGUGUAUAUUUGUUGGUGAGCCUUGGCCUUGCAUAUCACUUCGAGGACGAGAUCUAUGAAACUCUAAAAGAGGUUUUCGAGAACAUAGAGGAGAUGAUGGCUGGUGAAGAUGAUUUGUACACAGUUUCCAUCAUCUUUUGGGUUUUAAGGAGAUAUGGUCACCACAUAUCUUCCGAUGUCUUCCGAAGAUUCAAAGGGAGCAAUGGAAAUUUUAAAGAAUCUCUUCAUGGAGAUGCCAAGGGUAUGCUAAGCUUAUAUGAAGCUACACAUUUGCGGACAGCGAAAGAUUAUAUAUUGGACGAAGCAUUGAGCUUCACAUCACACCACUUGGAGUCAUUAGCUUCAAGUGGGACGUCCCCACCUCACAUCUCAGUGCGUAUACGAAAUGCUCUUGUUCUACCUCAGCAUUGGAAUAUGGAGAUGUUAGUCCCAGUGGAAUUCAUACCAUUCUAUGAACAAGAAAAAUACAAUGAUAAGAUUCUACUCAAGUUUGCUAAGCUCAGUUUCAAGUUCGGACAACUCCAAUACCUUCAAGAACUCAAAAUUCUUACAAAAUGGUACAAAGAGCUAGAGUUUGCAACUAACUUGCCCCCUUACUUCAGAGACAGAAUCGUUGAACAUCAUUUCCUUGUGCAAGCGGUGUUCUUUGAGCCACAACUCUCACGUGCAAGGGCUAUGAUGAUUCAAUACUUCACUGGUUUAGCGCUUCUAGAUGACACAUUUGAUAGAUAUGCGUCUCUUCCUGAGGCUGAAAGCCUCGCCAACAGCUUGGAAAGUUGGGCUCCUGAUCAAGCGAUGGAUAAACAACCUGAUUAUUUGAGAUUUGUGUUGAACUUCAUUUUGGAUACUUUUGAAGAGUUUGAAAGAGAACUUAGGCCAGAAGGAAGGUCUUACAGUGUGAAUGCCACAAUAUACGAGUUUAAGGCAGCUGCGAAAGCCAACAUUGAUCUCGAAAAAUGGGCACAAGCUGCUCACUUGCCUAGCUUUGAAGAGUACAUGGAGGUUGGUGAGGUGGAGGUCACAGUGCGUGCGACCUUGGCGGGUAUUUUCAUGUCUAUGGGAAAUAUGGCUACGCAAGAAGCUUUUGAGUGGCUAAAAUCCAGACCAAAACUCGUCCAAUCUUUAUUUAUAAAAGGUCGUUUUAUGAAUGAUUUAAUGGGUUAUGAGGAUGACAUGAGUAGAGGAUAUGUCACGAAUGCCGUCAAUUGUUAUAUGAAGCAAUAUGGGGUUACCAAAGAGGAAGCUUUUAAGGAGCUUUAUAAAAUGGUUGCAAAUGCCAAUAAGACACUAAAUGAGGAGUUCUUGACAACAACUGGCGUGUCACAUUGUCUUCUUAAGGCAACUAUUGAUCUUGCACGCAUGAUGACCGUCGCCUACAAUGUAAAUGAAGGAUUCACCAAUCCCCAAGGAAAAAUCAAGGAGUAUAUGACUUCUAUGUUUGUCGAUCAAAUCCGUAUUUGA